AUGGCGUUGGUUUGUUGUGAUAUGAUGAUGGAGGAAUGUGGCGCAAGUAGGAAAACUUCAUCAGGAUUUCAAGAGAUUCAAGAAUCCUUUUUCAAGUUCAACAAAAACUCGAGUACCCACAAGUUCUUCAAAGAAUGGGGAAACUGGACAAAUUUCUGCUUUCUGCCUUCAAAUCCCAGUCUAAUGAUUGUUUGUUCAGGUUUGUGGGGUACCCUACCCCCUAAGGUUGAUAGAUUUUGGAGUCUUGAAGUUAUGAACUUUAGUUCCAACUUCAUUAAUGAUCUAAAGGGGUUGCAGAAUCUUGAAGUUAUUGAUUUGGGUAGUAAUCGUUUAGGUCCAAAAUACCCUUCUUUGAGUUACAAUCUUGUGUCGAUCACAUUGAAGAACAAUUCAAUCAGGAUCGAAAUCCCUUCGGAUUUUGUGAAAUUUGUUCAUCUUGAAAGACUAGAUAUUUCCUCAAAUAAAGUUGUGGGUCCCAUUCCCUCCUCUUUGUUUUCGCUCUCUUCGAUUCAGUAUCUCAAUUUAGGCAACAAUCAAUUCAGUGGAGCAUUGCCUGCGAACUUAACAUGUACCAAAAAUCUAGGAUUUGUAGAUCUUUCUAAUAAUCUUUUGAUUGGGAAAUUACCAUCUUGUAUUGGAUCAACGAAUCGAACAGUUAUUAGCACAUGGAAUUGUUUAACGAAUUCAACUUCAAAGUAUCAACAUCCCAAAAAAUUCUGUCAAAAAGAAGCGAUAGCUGUUUUGCCUCCAAAGAGAAAUGGUGAAAGUAAGAAAGAGGAGACUACUUUGAAGCUUGGGGUUGUUCUUGGUAUCAUUGGGGGUAUUGUGGGAAUUUUGGGAUUGAUUGGGUUGUUGAUUUUGGGUAUUUAUAGAAGACGAGUUGCUAAAAGGGCAAAACAAUUCCGAUCUGAUAGUUUCGCUCUCGACAAGAAUGCUGUUCGUGCUCCUUCUUCAGUGCCAAAAGAUGGGCGUAGACCCCAAACGAUGAGGACAGCAGCGCUAGGUCUACCACCAUACACCAUAUUUACACUUGAAGAAAUCGAAGAUGCAACAAACAACUUUGAUUCUUCAAAUUUAAUGGGAGAAGGAUCUCAAGCACAACUUUAUAAAGGGUGGCUAAGGGAUGGAACAAUAGUGUUGAUCAAAUGUUUAAAGUUAAAACAAAAACAUUCGACUCAAAACUUGCAACAACAUAUGGAAGUGAUUUCUAAGCUUAGACAUCGACAUCUCGUGAGUGUUCUUGGUCAUUGCAUCGUGUCAUAUGUUGAUCAUCCUAAUUCGGGUAGUACCGCGUUUGUUGUUCUUGAAAAUGUUUCAAACGGAUCUUUGAGAGAUCAUCUUACAGAUUGGAGAAAGAAAGAAAUCUUGAAAUGGCCACAUAGAAUGGGAAUCACAAUGGGAAUUGCAAGAGGAAUUCAAUUCUUGCAUACGGGAACUCAACAUGGGAUUUUUGGGAAUGAUUUGAGUAUUCAAAGUGUGUUGUUGGAUGAUAAUUUAACUGCUAAAAUCAGUAGUUACAAUAUUUCAUUAUCAUCAAAGGUUGGUUCUGAAAGCCCUUUACAUGGCCAUGAUACUUCUUCCCAAGUUUCUCAAAGGCCUAUGAAUCUAGAAAAAGAUGAUAUAUAUCAAUUUGGAGUCAUCAUCCUCCAACUCAUUACAGGAAAACCGGUCGACUCAGAGGAUGAGAUAACUGAGCUCAAGAACGAGCUAGAGAUUGGGUUAAUGGAGUCUCCAACAAAACUUAAAGAGGCAGCGGAUUCAUCGAUAAGAGGAACUUUUGCUUAUGAGUCCAUGAAAACAGCUGUUCAAAUAGCAAUAAAUUGUCUUAAUGAAGAUGUGAAUGUACGCCCAUCGAUUGAAGAUGUUCUUUGGAAUAUGCAGUAUUCAGUUCAAGUUCAAGAAGGAUGGAAUAGCAGUGGUAAUCUUAGUACAAAUUUGUAAACAUGUUUUACUUGAUGCCAAUGUGUUUUUGACAAAAAUGGGAACACUUGAUCCACUUUCUUGUGAAAAAAAAAACAUGGUGAUUGAAGUAGUUUUGGUAUAUUGUGUAGGGUGGGCCAUGGAAUAAAGAUUUUUUUUUUAAAGUUAUGAUAUCAA